AUGCAUGUAUCACUGGCAGAGGCUCUGGAGGUUCGGGGGGGGCCAUUGCAGGAAGAGGAAAUAUGGGCUAUUUUGAAUCAAAGUGCAGAGAGCCUUCAAGAACUAUUCAGAAAAGUUUCAUGUGCUGAUCCUACUGCUCUGGGAUUCAUCAUUUCUCCAUGGUCUCUCCUGUUGCUUCCAUCUGGCAGCGUAUCAUUUACUGAUGAAAAUGUCACUCAACAAGACCUGCGAGCGUUCACAGCACCGGAGGUUCUGCAGAACCAUUCUCUAUCAUCUCUCUCGGAUGUUGAAAAGGUCCAUAUUUAUUCCCUUGGCAUGGCACUGUUUUGGGGAGCUGACCAUGAAGUUCCUCAGAGUCAGCCUAUCAAACUCGGCGAUCACCUUAACAGCAUACUCCUCGGCAUGUGUGAAGACGUCAUUUAUGCCCGCGUAUCAGUGCGGACUGUUCUGGAUGCUUGCAGUGCCCACAUACGGAACAGCAACUGUGCCCCUUCUUUUUCAUACGUGAAGCAGUUGGUCAGGCUGGUGCUGGGAAGCCUGUCUGGGGUGGAUCAAAUUUCUUGCAAUGGUGAUAGAAAAUUGCAGCCAGACAGGAGCCAGGCUAUUCGGGAGAGGCUGAGGGGAAAAGGACUUCCCACAGGAAAAACAUUGGUGGCUGAUGCACCUGAUGGACACAAAGCUCACUUCUCUCAACAGACCAUGCUUAACAAAGGACUUAGCAAGUCUAUGGGAUUCCUGUCCAUUAGAGGAACGCAAGGCGAGGAAGAAUUUUUCCAGGGCAUUUCCGCAGAUUACAACUUGGGACAGGAAGAUGUUUUCUGUCCUCAUAGGUGUAAAACCAGGGAGCUUGAAAAAAAAGGUUACUUUCAUACAGACGUCACUCCCAAGCGGAAAGUAUGGGCUUCCUCCACAGAUUUGCUUUGCACAACUGAGAAGGCAGCUGAGAGGGACCAUGUUGGAGGCUCUCACAGGCACAGCCAUCAGUGUGAAACAUUUACAGUACGGACUUCUACUGCUACCAGAAGCAAGGAAGCAAGAUACUCUGAUGGGAGCAUAGCACUGGAUGUCUUUGGACCACAGAAACUGGACCAAACACGGCACGUGCCCGAGACAUCAACUUCUGCAGCAAUAUCAAGUGCCUUUGACAGGAUAAGAGAGAGACAGAAGAAGUUGCAGCUUCUGAGAGAAGCUAUGAAUGUAGAAGAGCCUUUGAGAAGGUACAAAUCUUACCACAGUGAUGUUUAUAGUACUUCAAGUGAAAGUCCAUCUGUUAUUUCUUCAGAACCAGAUUUCAGACAAGUGAGAAGAAAUGAAGGUUUCAAGAGAGAUGAUGCCAGUGGUGCUUUGCCAGGUGCUGAUGAGAUCUCCACAUCAAGUCAAGCUAAUUCUCAGAGGGCAAG